AUGGCAACAAAUACAAUAGACGAUGGAGAAAUUGCACUUGAAAAUAAUGAUAAAACAGAAGAAAGUACAUCCCCUCCAAAAGAUGAAUGUAAUGUUGCACUCAGUGAUACUCCAUUUCAUUUACUCGAAAGCCGCUGGACAUUUUGGUAUACGCAUCGGCCAACAACUUUUCGCAACAGUUCUGUUAAUUAUGAUUCCUGUUUAAAAAAACUUGGUUCAUUCGGUUCCAUAGAAGAAUUUUGGUGCUACUAUGAUCAUAUGAAAUUUCCAUCAGAACUUCCACUAUAUAGUGACGUACAUCUAUUUAAAGAGAAUUUAAAACCAAUGUGGGAAGAAGAAGGAAAUCGUCUUGGUGGUAAAUGGAUUUUACGUUUAAAGAAAGGUUUAUCAACUCGUCUAUGGGAACUUCUUGUUUUGGCUCUUAUUGGCGAACAAUUUAAUGUUGGAAAAGAAAUAUGUGGAAUUGUAUGUUCUAUUCGUCCACAAGAAGAUCUUAUUAGUAUAUGGACAAAAACGGCAAAUAAUCAAGUAAUUACACAACGAAUUAAAGAAACAAUGAAAAAAGUUCUGAAUUUACCACUAGAGUGCCCACUCGAAUACAAAACACAUAAUGAUUCCUUGCGUGACAAUUGUAGCUAUCGCAAUACAGAUCGUGUUCGGUGA